AUGUCGAUGAGAUCUGUCCUGGUGCCCCAUCUUCAACGGUUGGGGGGCAACGUCGCCGGGAGCGACGGCGGCAGCGGCUGCGACGGAUGCGGCGGCGGUGAGGGGGCAGCGAAGGUGCAUUCGCCGGCGGCUGCGGCGACGGUGGCCAGACCGGCAGCAGCGGUGGAGAUGACGGCAUCUACGGUUUCGAGAGGGGCGCGUCGUACCCUUUUGACCCGUAAGGAUUUUUUGCGCAGGAGGUGCGUGAGAAGAGAGACCACAACAGCGGUGGCAAGGAGCACCGGAGCAGCGGUGGCCGCAGCAGCAAAGCGGCGUCGGCGGAGAUGGCGCAGCCUGGGGGGGGAGCGUCAAAGCAUCCCUUUGACAGAGAGAAGCGGUCCCGGUGGAGGAGAGCAACCAGGGAGGCCGUGCUGGGAGUGGACCUCCCGUUCGAUCGAGGUAGAGAUGCAUGGGCACAUGCCGGGGGGUGAUGCUUCGCACCAAGCUUCAGCACCACCGGCAGCGGCGGCGGCCGGAGUGGAGGCGCCGGCACCGAGGGCGGCGGCGACAACGGCGUUCGCGGGGGCGGUCGAGCACACGAGCGGGGGGAGCGUCUUCCCCCGCUUGUCCGUUUUACCUCCCGCCCUCGCCCCCGCCCCCCCGUCGUCCGUGCCCCCCCUCGCACCGCAUCUUCAGCGUCAACGCGACCGCUACCAAGUAACACCGGCGCUGACCAGGGCGCAUGCGCGACAGGCGGUGGCCGGUGGAGCAGCCCGAGGAUUGCCGGGUACACUUGCGCUUUUUUCGAUGGAAGAGGAUAUCGUCGCUUCGCUCGACGCUCACCCUUUGCAGGAGGAGCCUCCGUUACCCAACGGGCCGGCGCACGACCUUGAGACUCCUGCUACCUCCGCCCGGGCUUACGCGGGGCCGCACAGCGCGAUUUGGGGAGCAGCCGAGAAGCGGGGGAUGGAUGGUCUGGUUAGGACGGGCAUGUUCGAGCCGGCGGGAGGGCUCUAGCAACGAGGAACGAACGUCAUCUCUGCCAAAUGGGUCUACACGUGGAAAGUCGAUGAAUUCGGUGAUGUAUUGCUUGUAGCUAGGGGUUUCGGUCAGCGUGAAGGUUUUGACUAUUUUGAGACUUUUUCCCCGUGCCCUACCCAUCCGAGUAGUCGCCUCUUUUUCUGCUAUCGCGUGUGAAAUGAGUUUGGACAUGUGCCACUUUGAUGCUGAUCAAGCGUUUGUGCAAUCGAAGCUAGAUGAGAUCGUGUACGUGCGUCUGCCGCAGGGUUGUGAAACCCUUUCGGGUUUGGCCGCGACUUGAACGCCUACGUUCCCAUCACCAACCUCGGGGCGUUGCGCUUGUAUGCGGGAGUUCGUUUUUCGCGCGAUUGGGAUGCUGGUACGCUUACAUUGUCGCAAGAAACUUGUUCUGUCAACUUGGUUGGUGUCACGCGCAACAAGGAGACCCCCAUGCCUGUUGGAGUGGAGCUUGGCGAUUUUUCUGCUGACGAACCUGAUGUUCUUGAGCCUUUUCGUUCGUUCCCAUGCGCCCAAGAGCUUACAAUGGCGGGCUGCGUUGCAGAUUGCGAUGUACACUAGAUUCACGAGUGCUCUUGGUAUUACAUUCAGCGGGGUUCAAGGGGGGGUAUCGAUUUGCGCUUGUGUGCUGACUCCGACUACGCCAGCAGGGCCACUGACCGGCGGUCGGUCUCUGGAGCAGUUGUGAUGUGCGGCGGUGCGUGUGUUUCCUCAUUGUCUAGGACGCAGAAAAGUGUGACACUGUCGUCGGCUGAAGCGGAGUAUGUUGCGAUGGCUGACGGGUUUUUUUGUUUUGUUUGUUUUUCUCCCAUCAUUGGACUCUGUCGUCAGCCCCUCUGGCCCCUAUCCUCCACUUCUACCAGCUAGACGACCCAACCGGGGUCACAUAGGAGGGGGGGGGCUGGACCCCCUCCUGCGGUUCCUGCCUGAGGUAUUUUUAUCGCGAGAAGGGUACAGCAAUCCCUUCCCUCGCGACUUACGAAGUCGAUUAUGGUUUACUAACAAACGAGCUUUCUUUGCAGCGCGUCGCUUUCAUUCUAGACCAGGAAAUGUGUAUGCAGGGCAUGUUUAAGCUGGGGGGCUGUUUCGUACAGUUUGAUGUUUUGAGAUCUUCUGUUGAUUGAAGAGAAGGUGAGGAAAACGCAGGCAGAUCUAUUUGUAUAUUUGGGGGAAAUGUUCCAGCUGGG